GAUACUGCACCGUGGAGCUGUCACUCUCUGCACUCAGGUCACUGACUAGAGAACCUUAGAUCAGACCCUGGACUAUACGCAGACUCUAGUCUUGGUUUCAUUCUUACUCAUCCUCAUUGGGAUCUAUUUUCACUUUACUGUAAUUCAACCCAAACUUCUGCUGCUGGUUCCUUUCGUUCCUUCACUUCCUCCUCCCUUGUCUUAACAACUUUGAGAGUAUUAAGAUCUUCAUCGUCUCAAGACUCCUCGCAGUCCUAUGCACUCCCUUCCUCGUUCUCUCUUCUUUAUCUAUAAGUCUUCUUCAUCUUUGAGCUUCUUCUCCGACUUGUUCUGAACCUGGUCCCCAUUCUUCUGCACCCUCUAUACCCAUGCAUGCCUUACAUGGAGGGCACAAUGCCAGUCUGGACAAGAAGACGGUGGAGAGGCUCAUACAGAAGCUGGACGGACUGUCGAAGCUCAGCGGGAUCCCCCAAUUGCAGAGGAGCCACCCUUACCUUCCGGACAUUACUCGGGAUACCAAGGAGCAUUUGCGACAAAUUCUAGACAAGACCUCUGACCUGAGUCACAACCAGUACCUGCAGGUGACGGUGCACAGUCUGCUCGGCAAGACGACGCAGUGCUCCGACAUGGUCAACAGGCAAGGGGUGGCAGCCAGGAGGAACCUCACUAAGUUGUCACUAAUCUUCAGUCACAUUCUCUGUGAGCUCCGAGCCUUGUUCCCUGGAGGACGCUUUCAAGGAAAUUCCUACCGGAUCACAAAGCUUGAGGCAUCUAAAUUCUGGGGACAAACAUUUGGAACAAGGUGUCUCGUGAGAUGGGAGGAGUUUAGGGCGGGGCUUAAUUCCGUGCACCCCAUUGGAGACGGUCCACUGGAGUCAGCUCUUCGUAGUACGAUGGACCUUACGUGCAACGAUUACAUUUCAGUGUUUGAGUUCGACAUCUUCUCCCGUCUAUUUCAGCCAUGGGAAUCCUUACUCCAGAACUGGAUGCUGCUGGCAGUCACUCACCCUGGGUACAUGGCAUUCCUAACUUACGAUGAAGUCAAGGACCUUCUACGGGGUCACAUUCACAGGCCGGGCAGCUAUAUCUUCCGGUUGAGCUGCACACAUCUCGGACAGUGGGCCAUUGGCUAUGUGACCUCCGCAGGCAACAUCCUACAGACCAUCCCCCAUAACAAGUCUUUAUAUGAAGCUCUGAAGGAUGGAGAGAGAGAAAACCUGUAUCUCUAUCCAAAUGGCCUGAGCACGAACCCGGAUUUAUCUGAGCUCACUAAUCCAACAUCAAACACGGUCAUUCAGGUGACUCAGGAACAAUGGGAAUUGUACUCGGAUAUGGAUUCCACAUUUGAAUUGUGCAAAAUCUGCGCGGACAAUGAGAAGAAUACGCGGAUACAGCCUUGUGGCCACUUACUGUGCGACUCUUGCCUAACUGCAUGGCAGAAAUCUGACAGCACGUGUCCAUUUUGCCGCACGAAAAUUACAGGCAGAGAGGAGGUUCACAUUGCGGUACCCCCAGAAAAGGAACAGACGCCAAGUCCAUCGGACCCCACAGACCAGCCAGACAAUGAUAACUCCAACACAUGUGGUGCAUUCACUCAAAAUGUCAUUGAUGACAAGGAGGUAGACUGGAUUAGAAAGCGGCCUUUACCACCGCCACCACCACGUCCAGAUACCUCAAGCACUUCAGCUCGUCAGCCGUCCACACGGGUUUUGCCUAGUGCACCCGCUCUCGAUUCUUCUCCUACCACAUCCAGUACAUCAUCAGCCCCCUGGAUUUCUGGGUCCUCCGUAGCCUCUCAGAGAGUAAGAUUGCAGGCCCAAGAUGUCAUCAAUAGAGGCCAAAGUCCAUGUCGACCAACAACAACAAGAGGUACAUAGGUGGAGAUGGGACGUUAGGAAAGAAUGGAUGACGGAUGGACCGACCAUUUAUCGAUGACACGUGUGGUAUUGCCAUUUCACAGACUCAAAAACUUUCAGGACUUUUAGGGCUACCGUUCCACCCAUGUAAUGAUGGCGCCUUGUAAUCUAUUAUGUGUUUUUGUAAAGUUUAUGUUAAAAUUUCAUUAAAAAAAAUUUUUGUUAGAAAAUAGGAAAGCUACAAAUGAUUGUGUCAAAUAUAUGUUGUGGUUCAUGGAAAAAGCAAAAAAAAAAAAAAAAAAAACAAUCUUGGGUUGAGUCCAGACCUGCUGGGAUGUCCAAGGGGAAUAUGGAGACUGGAAGGAGGCAAAAUUAGACAUGUCUCAUUUGUAGGCACGAUGAAUGGAUCCAAUCAU